AUUUUAUAGUCUUACUCAGUAGCUACUGUUUUUAUGUAAAUUAUAUUUGUUAUAGCGUGUAGUGCAACGAUGUUGAAAAUUGUCGUAAAUGCGUUCAUUUUGUUUAGUUUUAUAUCACCUUGUUUGAUGACCGGUGGCGGUAGAAAGUAUGACGUGGAGUCAGAAGCAAUGAAGUUGUAUGGAGAAGACUUUAAGUCUGUGCUCAGAAGAUUCAGAAGAACGCCCGACUAUCUCAAGAUAUUGACUGACAAGAUGGACGAUUUAAAAGUCUACGUAAGAGAAAUGAGUGCUCAAGUGCUGAAUUAUAUUCAUUCAAAAAUGGUGCAAAGAGUGAAUGAUCUAGUUGGAGUCACCAGGCCUUUUGAGGAUGCUACUUCCCCAGCCCCAGGAGCUAAUAUGUACUACCAUUCGUAUAAUCGAAGACAGGACGCCGAAGGUGAGGCUGGAGAAGGUGAAGUACCCCCGCCAGGCGAAGAACCCGAUCAACUUGAACCAGAGGACCCUGUAGAAGGAGGCGAGGAAGAUGUGCAGCAUAUGAAGGAUGUAAAGACCCUGGACAAUUAUAAGGCGUUCAACGCUCUUCUCACGACUCAAGAGAGAAACAGUUUUAGAGAUGUUGGUUAUGAGUUCGCUGGCCAACUGAUUCACGCCAUCAUAACCAACAUGGGUCCCGUGGUGGAACCGCAGCCGAAGUCCACCAAGCUACCCAACGGAGGAGACCCCGAAAAGUUUGACAAAGGCUCCACUACUGAACACCCUCAGACACAUGAGGUGACAGCUGCGUCGACGGCCGGGGAGACUCAUGAGCCUUUGCCACCUGAGGGUGAAGAAGCUACCACGCCAGAGACCUACAGAUUCAGAAAAAGAAAUACUCCUGACAAAAAAAAUAAAAAACGGAAUUAAUGAAGAAACAAUAUACACAAGAAAUACAAGAAAAAAUGUAUUUUAAUAUAUAUUUUAUUAUAUUAUAUAUUGAAUACCAAUAAACAGUAAAAAAAUACUAGU